UUGUUACACUUUCAACUGUUCAAUAUACAAUCCGUGAAUAGAAGAUAUUGCUGUUCUUACUCAUUUACUUCGCAAGGUUACUGCUACUUGGUAACCGAGAUAACACCGACCAUGUCAGGAGUUUCAAAAAAUCCAGAUCCUAUACACCAAAAUAAUUUCAAACAUUUAGCAGAACUUAAUAAACUCACUUAUAAUAGGGUCAAAGAAUUAAAAAAUCGGUUUCCAAAUGGCCCUAAUAAGCACCUUUCUCGUGGACAGUAUUGCUUACAACCAGAUUACAUACCACCAUUCGAUGAGUGGGUUUCAUUUACAGAACAUCCUCCUUCACCACAGCCAUAUUGGCAUAAUCAACAGCAAUCAUCACAGCAACAUCAGCGAGGGAAUUCACAACAGUCGAUAAAUCACCAACAAGGAAACAAUCAACAGGCAGGAUAUCAUCAGCGAGGAAACUCACAAAUGCCGGUACAUAAUUCUCAGCAAAAAUCGCAAUCACAGCAAAAAAGUACGCAACAACAGCCUGUUCCUAAUCCUAGCAAUGCCGUAACAAAUGGCCAAGCUUCCGCGCCAGAGAAGAAAGUCAACUUAUCUCUUGCUAAUAUGCUCUUUAGCCUUGGAAUUAACAAUAAGAAGUUUUUACACGACAAAGAACUAAAGGCACUUGAAGAACAAGGUCGUCUAUCAAAAGAGGAAGAACAAGGUCGUCCUCCAAAGAAAAAUGGUGAAACGAACUCUGCUGCGGCAAGAAGGACUCAUCCGCCAUCUAAUCAACGACAACGAAGACACGAAGAAGUGCAAAAAGCUCCUCAAGUAGCAACUAAAGCAUAUGAAAACAUCAUAAAAGGUAGAAAAAAGCUCAUCCUCCCCAAGGAGGAUGAGGUUAAGAAGCUCACCCGUAAGAGGAAUAAAGACAAAGAAGUCGCUAUGAAACGACCACAAAAGCGGCCUGCUCUUAAGGGUAGAGGUAAGGAUAAAGUCGCGGAUUUGGACGAAAUUGUCGAGACGAGCAAUGUAAAAGAACCAGCACGACCAGAGCAAUUCAUUGUUACUUUGAAGCGUGGUUCAAAACUACAAACAGACAACGGUAUGUCUUCUACAAAUGCUUCCUCCUCCAACUCGAUAUCAACUUCGGCAGAAAAUGAUCAAGUAAUGAAAAUGGCUAGUGAAGCUCACAAACGUUACGAAGAACUAUUUAAAAAAGCAACGAAUGUAAAACGUCGUGGAGAUCAGAAUCAUUCAAACUUCGUGAGUGACUAUGCCGAGGCAGCGUGUUUUUACGCCGAAGCAUUCUACGAACAAUUAAUCGCUGCAUCACUAGGACAUGAUGAGAAUGUUGUAAAUCCGGCCGGGUUUAUGAACCAUGUCAUUAAUAGAUUCGAUAAGGACAAGAAGAUCCAAGCAGCUUUCUGUGGGUUAAAGGCCCUGAUAAUAAGAAGAUUUUUUAUUUUUGAGGAUAAAAAGGUUCGUCCCUUAUUAAAAGAUACCAUUUUACGUUAUAAUGAACUAAUCGAGACGACCGGAAGAUUAUCAGAGCAAAGUUUGGCAUAUAAACGUGACCAUUAUACCAAAGCUCUUAGUGAAUCGAAUAAAGUAGAAGACAUGAUAAGUGAAUUCACAAAAUAUUGGGAUAGGGCAACAAAAACAUAUAAGCAACUUGGAUUUGGUCUAGAUUCCGAUAUUAAAGUUGCUGUUGAUUAUGUUAGAAAUUUUGUGAAACUUAGAAUAUACUUACAAAAUCAAGGUGCAAAUCUAGCAGAUAAUGCAGGUAGUUCACCAACUGGAAGAAAGGUAGAAAUAGGGUAUUUAAGAGAAUGUAUGAGAGGAAGAACCCUAGAAUGGUUUGAUAAAAAGAUUACUAUAAAGGCAAAUUGUGAGUUAACUAACCUGACUGAUAGUAUAAGACAAGCCAAUUUGGUAACAAUAAAUAGACAUACAGCUUUUCAAAUAAAUGCUGAUAAAUUAACUGAG